CUCGAGGGUCUGAUCUUCAUCCCAGAACCCCCUGGGAGGGAGGGAGGAAGAGGAGAAAAAAGAAAAGGCAGAUGAAGAAUGAACAUAUCUUCUCUUGUCUCUUUCCUCCCACCUAUAAAGUUGUGGCUCUCUCUGAUUUCCCUCUCUGCUGCCUGGGAUCACCUCCUCCCCGCCCCCCGUUCUCCCUCUCCCUCUGUGUGCCGGAGUUCUCUGUUCUACUGAGCCGCCUCUUGACUCUGUCCUGCACAAUAGAAGUAUUUGAAAUAUUACAAAGGGAGAAAUAAGUGCAACUGAUGACUUCUACAGACUCUCUUUAAUGUUAAGUGAACUUAAACAGCAGAAAAAGUAGCUCAAGAAAACAAACCAAUGGGUAUAUUUUGAUUUUUAUCUGUAUUCAUAUACCAUUAAAUCUCCUUCGACAUCUGUGGCAAGAACUUCCAUGCAGUAGUCUUCUAGCCUAGCAUAUCUGCAUGCAUAUGUGAGGAGAACCUUACAAGUGUCCUUAUUGUGACCAGAGAACGUCCCAGGAAGAAUUGAGACGUCACAUUAAUACAUGAUAGGGAACGAAACCCAGGAAAUAUGCCAACUCAACCCCUUUUAGUAUAUAUGGAGGGACCAGAUGGGAUAGCCAGUACUGUUGGUGCACAGAUGGAGAAUAAUGAUGCCUCGAUGCCGAUAAAAGGGACCAACACAAUUUCUUACAAAAAUGUGCAAGAAAAGUUCUUGAUGCAAGCGGAGGGGUGUAUGUCUUUGGAUUGCAUGUUUUGUGAUCAGACUUUUAAACAUCCUGAAGAACUUGGUAAGCAUGUCCUAACUCAACAUAGACCAACGCUUUGUGAACCAGCAGUUCUGCGUGUCGAAGCAGAAUAUCUUAGUCCUCUUGAUAAAUGUCAAGUUAGAACAGACUUGCCAUCACCAGAAAAUAAUGAAAAGGACAAUGAAGAAUUUAGCUGUGAAGUUUGUGGGCAAACGUUUGAUGAAGCUUUUGAUGUUGAGACUCACAUGAAAAAGCAUAAGGACUCUUUCACAUAUUGGUGUAAUGUAUGUGGAAGAAGAUUUAAAGAGCCUUGGUUCCUCAAAAAUCACAUGAGAACGCAUACUGGUAAACCUGGUUCAAGAAAUAAGCUUCAACAAGGUUCUGAAAGCCCAGUAACAAUUAAUGAGGUGGUACAGGAGCAUGUAACUGAAAAUGUAACAUCACCUUACAAAAUCUGCAUGGUUUGUGGUUUCCUAUUUCUCAAUAAAGAGAACUUAAUUGAGCACAGUAAAGUGCACACCAAAGAGUCAGCAUCCAAUGGUGAUAGCCCACAAGUCACUGAUGGAGCCAAUAAAGGAGGAGUGGCUCAGAGAGAAGAAUUCCUGCAAUUUUUGAACUUAAGACCAAAUGUGACUCCAGAAAAGAGUAAAUCAGAAAAACCUGUGAAAUGGAUAGCUGAACUGGAUCCAUUCAAUACAUAUCAAGCAUGGCAGCUCGCAACCAAAGGUAAAGUUGCUAUUGGCCAUGGACAGAUUAAAGAACCAGGGCAAGAAGGGAGUACAGACAAUGAUGAUUCAUCAUCUGAUAAAGAAGAACUUGGUGAAAUUUGGAAUACAAAUAAAGGUAGCCAGGUUAGUCAGACUGAAAAUGCUGGGAAGUCAAAGGUAAAUAAAAGUAGCAGUUGUCCAGGAAAUGGUACCCUGUCCCAAGACAAACUGAAACAUCCCAGUGGUGAAGUGCCUUCUAUGGAGAUGGAUCCUAAAUUGUCACAAAACAAAGAGAAACCAACACACUGCUCAGAGUGUGGCAAAGCCUUUAGAACAUACCACCAGCUAGUUCUUCAUUCAAGAGUACAUAAGAGAGAUAGGAGGACUGAUGUAGAGACUUCAGCCACUUCUAGAACAUGCUGUGCAGACUUAAUUGUAACCCUACAUGAAAAUGGAGUAGUAGACCGAACAGAGGGAGGCUCUGAAGAUGGAUCUGAAGAUGGACUACCAGACACACUGCAUUUGGAUAAAAAUGAAGAUGGCUUGGAAAGAGCAAGAGUUAAAAACCUUGGGGCCUCCAGAGAAUGCAGCUAUUGUGGGAAAUAUUUCCGCUCAAAUUAUUACCUCAAUAUUCAUCUCAGAACUCAUACAGGUGAAAAACCAUACAAAUGUGAAUUUUGUGAGUAUGCAGCAGCCCAGAAAACUUCAUUGAGGUAUCACUUAGAGAGGCAUCACAAGGAGAAGCAGGCCGAUGUUGCAACAGAUGUGAAAAGUGACAGCAAAGUUUUGUUACAAAGUCAGGAGAUGAACCUCCUGUCAGCCACUGAUGGUGCUCAAGAAACCAAAAACUUAAAAAGGUUUAUUGACGGUGCCAAAGAUGCAAAGGGCUGCCCACCUGUAAAGCAACAAAAAGAGAUAUUUUCUUCCUUUCAGAGCAUAUUGAGUGGUCCAGUCAUCUUGACCAUGAAAAAUGAUACUCAGGACUCAAAGAAGGGUGCAGUUGGUAAUAGCUCAAAUCAAAUGAAUGAGAACUCAGACGCUUCUUACCUGGAAAAGCUAAAAGCAGAGGAAGAAUUAAUGGAAUCGCAGGCAAAUGAUCCCAAUGAUAAAAAAGAGAGAGAUGCUUUAGUGACAGUGGAAGGAGAUGAUAUCCAGUUGAUUCGUGCCUUAAAGGACAAAAAUAACAUGGAAGAAAUGAGAGAGAGCGCCGAAAAAUGCGCAAACAAGCAUAUAGUGGGCUCUCAAGAAAAGCCGUUAAAUUUAUCUACUGGGACAGUGCAAGAAUGUUCAGUGAUCUCAACUGCUAGAGGCUUGUUAGCAACCAGCACCUGCCCGUUUUGUACUUAUAGAACAUUUUAUCCAGAAGUCCUAAUGAUACACCAGAGGUUGAUGCAUAAAUACAAUCCUGACACUGUUAACAAAAAUGGUUACAGAAACAAAGCUUUGGCUAAAGCCAGGCGUACUGGAUGCCCACCAGCUCUUCUUGGUAAAGAUGUGCUUCCCCUGUCUCUUAACCCUAAUAAAAGCAAGGCUUCCCUAUCUAUGCAACCAAAACAGUUGCAUACAGAGAAGACUAAACAGUGUCCCCUUCUACAGAGCAAAGUCCCUGUUUUUCCAAUGGUAGAUUCCAGCAGUUCAACACCAAGUAACUUGAAGUCUUACAAACCACAAAGCAUUGGAGCUCAGGCGAGUAGCUGUCGGCAACCACAGCAAGAUUUGCACUCAAAUCCUAGUAUUUCUUCAGUAAUGGAUAGAGUAAAAAAAGGUGAAGCUAAAGCAAAAACUCUAAAUAUAUCAGCUUCUCAACCUGGUGUAGUUAGUAGCAGUAUCAAUAGCUCCUAUGAUUCUCCCCUUAAUGAAUCUGCCUGGUUCAGUAAUCGAGGAAGAGAAUAUCUCUGCAAUAGAUCUGUGGGUCACAUAAACUUAGAAUUUGGUGAACCGUCUUCUAAAAGAGUGAAACCUAAUCUGUUAGCUCUUGAACACAUUGACUCUGCAAGGGUUAAUUACAGAAGAUAUGACAUGAGCAGAUCUCGUGUUGCAAACAGAUAUGCAAAUCUGUUACCUCAGGAAUGUUCACAUGCCAAACCUGCAUCCUCUGUUUUGCCAACCAAACAAGGGCUUCUGAAUUCAGAUGAAGUUGAUUCUCGAAAUGUACUGACUAUUCUGAAAACCUAUGAGCCGUAUAGCCCUGGACCACUUUAUGGUUCUUUUGGACCUAGCAAUGGCCAAGCAACCAGCUCUCCGAUAGAAGGAAAAAGGCCGGUGUCAUACCAACACUUAUCUAACAGCAUGCUACAAAAGCGAAGUUAUGAGAGUUUUAUUGGCAAUGCACGUUUUCGACCAAAUGACAAGAAAACUUGAUUAUUUACUUCAAGAAAUGGUCUGAGGACGCAAAUGCAUAUUUUGUGGCGUUAUUACUUGCAGUUCAUCCCUUGAGAGAAAUGAAUGGUGAAAGCUACUGAACUAAGCUGUGAUUGUACUGUAUAUAAAAACACUACAGUUUUAUAAUAUUGGUUCUGUUAACAUUUGUACCAAAUAGCCAUAAAAAAUUGUAGUCUGAACAGUUGGGUUAUAAAGGUGUGGCGAAUGUGUAUCUCAAUGUAGGUCUUGAAUAAUAUUUUUCUUUAGAAUUAAUUGACCAAAUAUUAGGUAGGAAUUAUAUUUUUACAUACUUGAGCGCUGCUGAAAAGAGAUCCUGUUUGAAAUAGUAUAUAAUCCUUGCACCUCAGGUAAACUCUCUGUAAAUAUCUAAGCAUGUUGGUUUAAAUACUGUUCCUUUUUCAUAGAGGUGGCAGUUUCUCAUAUUGUGUUUUUCUGCUAUAACUGUUAGUUCAUUUGAAAAAGUUAUUUAAAAACUAUGACAUUAAAUUGUUCAGUUUAGAAGUAUUGUGAUCAUCCUAGCUAAGGUGCAACUCUUUGCUGUUCAAUCUUGCACAUACUAGGACCAUAAUUUGUUGAAGCAAACUUUCCUUCUGUUGAAUUGAUGUUUCCAGCAUCUUAUCUUAAAAAGCAAGAGAGAGAAGCAGUUCUUGUCACAUCCUGUGCAGAAUCUUCCAUAGUGUUCCUGGAACAGUCAGAAUUCUCUCCUUAUGUUAAGUUCAUAAUCUCUUAGAUGAACAUCACCAUCACCAACAGUUAAACUCUAAUAGCAGAAUGUACAGAGGACUCACAGGACAAACAGGAAAUAUUUGAAUACUUCAAGUGUUUAGGUUUUUACCAAAUGUAAUACUCUUUCACUUAUGAACAACAUAGUAUCUUUAUUUCUGCAUCAUUUUGUCCAGACUCAAAAAUAACAAAUAUGUAACAGGCUUACAAUAAAAACAUAAGGAACUACAAAGUUUUCUUAAGGGGAUGUGGCUUAUCAUGGUUUGCCCUACUUGACUGUGCUCAGAAGCUUCUUGAUAUCCCUCUAGCAUCUUAAUUACAAACUGGAGUGUUGGAAGUAUACUAAGGAACAAUCUGCUAUGGGAGAACUUUGUUCCUUGUAUUUUUAUGAAGACAGCAAGAGUUUUUUCUAAUGCACAUGCAAUUAAAUUUAAAGGAGGAUGGCCAGAUAUCAGCCAGUUGAGCUGUUGCAUAUUUUGACUUUUGUUUCUACAUAAAACCUGUAAUUGAGACUUGAUUCUUCUGUACCUAGUUUUGACUUCCAUAUAUUUUAGUUUAAAAAAAA